GAAGAGCCGUCUGAGGGCACCAUUAUGCUUUGGGGUCCAAUCCAGAAAAAGAUGUGGGUAAACCGAGACCUGUAUCAUAUCGAUAGUGGCAUUCUUUGGAGGAAGAUAGGGGACACCAAUGUACUAGUAGUUCCUCAGACGCUGCAGGGGCAGAUCAUCGAGAUGAACCAUGAUUUACCCUCUGCGGGUCACGCCGGCAUUGACAGAACUAUUGCAAGAAUCAAGUCCAAGUAUUAUUGUUGUGGAAUGACGGAGGAUAUCAAGAAGUAUGUCAUCUUGUGCUCUGUGUGUAAUCAGAAUAAGAAGGCCACAAGACACCCCAAAUGCCCGAUGAUUGAGUACCACGCUGGUUUGCCAAUGGAGAAGGUCCACUUAGACUUCCUUGGACCAUUGCCCAAAACACCCCGUGGCAAUGAAUACAUCCUGAUGAUGGUAGAUCAGUUUACCAAGUGGGUUGAAUGCAUACCGUUACCAUCCCAAACAGCAGAGGUUACAGCCCAGGCAGCUGUCAGUAGCUUCUUUAGCAGGUUUGGCUACCCUCUACAGAUUGUAACAGAUCAAGGCCGUAACUUUGAGAGCAAGUUGUUUUCCAACUUAUGCAAGGUCCUUCAGAUCCACAAAGCGAAAACUACCCCAUAUAGACCAUCAGCUAAUGGCCAGGUUGAGAGGUACAAUCGUACUCUCAUGGAUGCGGUCAGAUGUUAUGUGGGGAAAUCCCAAAACCAGUGGGAUAAGCACUUGGAUCAAAUAGCGGGCGCAGUUCGAUCAACAGUAAACUGCAGUACUGGGUUCAUGCCUAGCAUGCUAAUGUUGGGCCGAGAGACCAACCAGCCUGUGGAUCUGAUGUUUCCCUUCCCCCCGUCUGCAAAGACAGUGGGCAGUAUCGAUGAAUACUGUUCAGAUCUGGCUCAAGCCAUCAGUAGCGCCCACGAAGCGGCCCGAACAACCCUUCUUGUCAAGGGCAAGUGCAGGAAGCUGAGCCCGCCUUGGAAGGGGCCUGCAUUGAUCACAAGGAAGCUUUCUCCGUACCUAUACCGGGUGGAAUACAAGAACAUCACAUUCACUGUAAAUCAUGAUCACCUCAAACGGUGCCGGGACCGCAAGACCCCAGAUAAAGGGAAGGAGAGUGGCAGUCCGGCAAAGGAAGCUUACUCUUUUUGCAGGAAGCCUGACGAUGGGAAUUUCAUGAUUCAGUGCGAUGGAUGCGACGAGUGGUACCAUGGCCAGUGUGUUAACGUGCCACCAGAAGACGGCAUGGCAAUGGACAAUUUGAGUAACCGGGGGGAGAGAAAGGAUCAUUCUGAGAAGAGAAUGGAGAGGAAGCGCAAGCACUCACCCAUCACAACGGCACCGAAAAGGCGCAAACAAUCAUGUCCAAUUAAGGGAUGUGAUCACACCACAAACAAGUUGAAGUGGCAUGUGUACUAUCAUCUACCGGAGUACUACCGCAUCUCUAAGACAACGGAGCGCCUCCAACCCACCUACCAGAAAUUGAGAGUGAUUGGAUUAGUCUUUCUCAGCAAAACCCUUGUUGGGGAAACUGUGACUGUGUCUGACCUCGUCAGCUAUGCAAACCGACGCUGGACAGAUCGCGGAAGCACCAUUUCUGCAGAAGUUGAAGCAGAGAUGUACACUCUAUCUAUACAACAAGGCUGGCCAAGAGUGCCCGAAUUCACCUUGGGCCCAAUCAACUCACCUGCUGCUCUAAUUCACUGGCGCCCCCUGAGUUUUCUCUUCAAUCAACUGAACAAAGCACAACAGGAGGAGUUCAGGAACCUGUCCAUCAACGAUGCAGAUACCCCCGACCCGCAUCAUGUUCAAGAAAUCGUUUUGGAGGGAAUCGAUAGCCAUUUUCAUUUGGACAGACUGGAGGACUCCUUAGGCAGAGAGGGAUUGGAAUGCAUUCAGGAGACCCUAGAUAGAAGGCCAGAUCACACCAUAGUCCUGUCAGGAGGAGUGAUUAAUUACUAUGACCCAGAGCAUUACCACAGGAUACUUUUUUCAGCCGACUCGCGAUGGAAGGUUGCAGUAGGAGUCCAUCCGAAGAAAGUCUCCAGGAUGACAGAACAACAGUGGGACCAACUGCAACAACUUCUGGCGCAUCCCCAAGUUAUUGCAAUAAGUGAGGUCGGGUUGGAUUUUUCCAUAUCCAAAAACACCUGGGACAGGCAAACACAGUUCCUAGAGCAUCUCCUGAACCUUGGCACUCUGGGGUUCGUCCUUGUGGUCCAUUUACGAGGUGCCAGAGGUGACCCGACUGGAGUGCAGGUGCAGGAGAUGUGCCGAGGAAUACUUCAACAAAAAUGCUCCAGGUACCAACGGAUACAUCUACACUCUUUCACUGGGAACCGACAACAGAUGGAGGCUUGGCUGACAGUGUUUCCCAACUGCUACCUGGGCUUCUCAGCACUCACCAAGAACUUCUGUCUGGAGCAACUGGAAGCCCUCCGCUGUGCACCAUUGGACAGAGUUCUUUUGGAGACAGAUUCUCCUCAUUUCAGAGUUCAUUCGACCAGAGUCAACACACCAGCCUAUCUGGGGGACAUUGGAAGUCUCGUCGCUAACGUUAAGCAGAUAGCGCUAGCAGAAGUCAUGCAGGCGACGACA